AGUCGUGGGAUCAGCUGCUAGCGCGUUAGUUCCCGGCUGGCAGCGGUGAAGAUCGGUUGAUAGACAGUUUCGGUUCACUGAGCUAAAACUCCGGUGGUGAGCAGUUGCAGGUUUAAGGGAAAUCUAAUCGCAUCUCUUAGAUCCGUUGGAGUGACCAGACGCGUAGUGAUGUAGAAAGUUUCAGCGGGUUCAAUGGGUUUGAGUGCGAAUUUAUUGAAGGAAUUUAUUGAAUAGAAGUUGAAGCAGCGUCGGGGAUUAUCAGCAAAUUUGCAGAAUUGAAAACGUGACGUGAUCGAUUGAAAAUUCUUCGAAGUGUUUGAAUGAGAGUGAUCAUGGAUUAGGAAAAGAAACAGUCACUCCCGCAGCUCGCUUCACUAGCUGGUUAGGGGUGGUCUAGUUCGAUUGGCACUGUGUCAUUGUGAGUGACUGGGGGGUGAGCAGUGUGCUCUACUUCUGGACAGAUCCAUGCUAAGAUCCAAACACUGGAGAAAACGAAAGUUGGAAGUGGGACCGUGGAGGAGAGAUCAUACUGUAUAGCAGUGUUUGAUCCAGAAUACCAAAGUCGUUGCCACGUGAAGAGGCGAAAAGACAGCGUUGGUUGAUGCCAUCGGCGGGAAGUUGGGUGGAUUCGUAAUUUUACUUCUGCUACUACUACCAAGAAAAAAACAAUGGGUAACUCCGGCUACACAUGCAUACGGCGGACCUUUUGCUCGUUCAACAUUCUCAUAUGGAUCUGCGGCAGUGGGUUCCUAGCGAUCGGCGUUUGGCUCCGAUUCGCGGCUCAGGGUUAUGCCACCCUACUUCCGGACCAUGCCGGUCUCAGUGCGGACUGCGUCUUCAUCACCAUCGGAGUGAUUAGUUUCGUUAUUGCGUUCUUCGGCUGCUGUGGCUCGUGGUUCCAGUCCAGGUGUUUCCUAAUUAUAUAUUUCACGCUGGUGGUGUUGCUCUUUUUGAGCGAGUUCCUGCUGGGAUCGUUGGCGUUCGUUUUUCGCGGCGGCAUCGGUCGAAUGCUAGUCCACGAGCUCAAGUAUGGCAUCGAGAAGCACUACAAUGUAACGGACCGGGGAGGGAUGCUGGCGCCCUCGGUAGCGUCCAUCUGGGACAAGCUGCAGGUGGAGUUACAAUGCUGCGGUGUGACUUCUUAUGAAGAUUGGUACGAUAUCAGUGCUUGGCCAGGCGAACGGUGGGUACCACGAUCCUGCUGUAGGCCACGCUAUAAUUCCCCUUACUUGGAUGGAUCUGGCGAUGAUCUGCAGAGCAUAGAUUGCCGAAAAGCCGGAGAUCCUUCCCUGCUGUGGGACAAGAGCUGCGGACAAAUCUUGCAGAUGUGGUUCGUCCAGCGACUUCACGUCGUUGGCACGGUAGGCCUAGUCAUUGCGUUCCUGCAGCUUUUCGGUUUAAUAUCCUCAAUGUUACUGUUUUGCACGGUGAAACAUAAACGAUCAUCUAAAACGUACAAGUCGUACUCACCGACGGUGGAUACGACUUUGAAUAGAAACAGCACCGGGACCUAUUUGGAUGAUUGAUAUUAACUAAAACCUUAAAGACGCCGAAAAACGAAGGGAACACUUUCGUACACACCCGAAAACACGCACCAAUACAACGACGGAUUAGAGAGAAAAAAUACUCGUACUAGCUUUAAGCUCCUAUGUGCAACUUAAGUGCCUGCAGAUAAAGUUUCGAAACAACAUUCAAUCUGCACCAGAAAAAAAGUGCGGACACAUCUAGCUGCAUUUAUUACAGGCGAGAUGAAGGAGAAAGGAAUCCUUAGAUUAAGGAGACGCUGUGCCAAAAACAAUUGUUCAUUUUAACCCUAAAGAGAGUACCCUAACUGUAUCGGGUUUGAGUUAGAGUAAUUUAUGACCAAGGAAAACAAAUACGUUUAACUAUCAAAAGUUUUAGGUCAGUAUCAUACCAAGCUGAAGUUUAGCGAUUAAGGCGAACGAAAUAUUUUUAUUCACACACAAUAUACAAGCGAUAGCAUUCUGCUGGGCUGAGUAAAGUAGUUUUGUAGCACACUGUGAAUGUAUGAUUCUACUUCUAUUAAGUUAUUUAUACCUAACACAGUAGAGAGCGAUAUUUUCGUUCUGGUAGCUAGCUAAGAAACAUUCCAAAGCAGUAGUAAAGCAGUGCUGAUAAUGUAUUUACACGAAAAACUAAUAAAACUCGAUAUACUCUU